GAAAAUUAAAACAUUGAAUUUGUAAAUUUCUAUCGCUUGAAUUCGUAGCAUUAAUAUCUUGAUUAAUAUUAUAAAAGUUUGCAAAAUUAUUCAUUAAAUGCAAUUUAAGUGCUAACAUUUGUCGCAUACACAAUUAUAAACUCUCAAAGUUGUUCAUUUACUGAAUUUCAAGUCAAUAAAUAAAAGUAAAAUGUCAGGAGUAGAUUCAGGAAUAAAUGAAGCAGAAAGUUCUGACGAGGAUACCGAAAUGCCAUUAAUGCGAAGAUUAAACAAGAGUGAAAAAGAAAAAUGUCCAAAUAAAAAUUACUCAAACACAACACUAGAAGAAUCCGUAUCACAAGUAAAAGCAAAGCUGAGCAAAGGCUGCGAAUGUACUGUUAGCUGUUUCCAAUCUUUUGAUCCAGAAGUUGUAUUUAAACAUCGACUAAAUAUGGCUGAACUAUCGAAAAACGAGCAGGAAUUUUACCUGAUGGGAAUUGUGAGAGCAGCUUUGAUUGAUCGGAGUGAGAAAGGACUUAAAGUACAGAGAAGAAGAUCCUCUUACUCUUAUAUGGGAAAGCGUGUUUGUUUAUAUGCUUUCCUUUACCUUGAAAAUGUUUCCAUUUAUCAAAUAAAAAAAAUUCGAUCUCACGUAGCUAAGAAUGGCGUUGUUGCGAUUCAACAUGGAAACUCACAUAAAACACCUCACAAUGCUCUGCCGUUUGACAUGUAUAAGAGAGUUGAGAAUUUCUUCCGAGAAUUCCUGCAAAUCGAAAAGAAUAGUACAAGCAAAACCAUAACACUAAAUCAAUCGCUUUCAAAGGUUUAUAACGAAUAUAAAGCACGUGAGGAGAUUAUGGAUGGCGGUGUUAAGAUUAUGGGCUUUACUACGUUCAGAACAUUCUUUAGGAAACAAUUUCCACAUGUCCGACUACUUUACCAAAAUCAUAAAAAUCUCUCGACAACUCCAAUGUCCACGAAACAUAACAAACGAAUGAAAGAAGAACAUCUGAAACCAGAUAUUGAUAAUUCAAAUUAUGUAGAAGUUCAAGGAGAAAAUUAUUUUGUUUUAGCAAAUUCAGAAGAUCAUAUUUACGAUGAGAAUGAGGAGGCUGAGGUGUAUUAUCCUGAAGACAAAAAUCAGAGUGAAGAAGAAAUGAAAGACGGGCAUGUAGUGAAUGAAGAAGUUAUUUAUAAUACCGAUGAGUUGAUCACUUACGAAGUGGUAACUCCAUAAGAUUUCUUGGAGUUUAAAUUGUAUGAUUGAUAACACAGAUUGCUAAAUUUCAUCAGACAUUCUUAAAAAUAAAGGAAAACGACCGCAUAACAUUAUUUACGCAGUUUUUCUUUGGUCUUCGUUAAGUAAAUUUUAAUUUUGUUACGUACUAUCCAUUGAAAUUGCUUUUGAGACGGAUUAUCGUCUAGAAUGAUUUUUUUCAUGCUGAUUCAUUGUUGUUACAUUAAAAAUAAAAACAUGAGAUUAGUCAAUGACUAACAGUAAGCGUUC